CUACAGAACCCUAAAGAUUGCAGUAAAGCCAAGAAACUAGUAUGUAACAUCAACAAGGGCUGUGGAUAUGGUUGCCAAUUACACCAUGUUGUCUACUGUUUCAUGAUUGCUUUCGGCACUCAGAGAACUCUAAUCCUGGAGUCACAGAGCUGGAGAUAUGCAACAGGUGGAUGGGAAACAGUCUUUAAGCCAGUUAGCAACACAUGUACAGACAGAUCUGGCACCUCUACGGGGGGUGAAGCAAAUGACAAAGAUGUUCAGGUUGUGGAGUUACCAAUUGUUGAUAGUCUUCAUCCAAGGCCUCCUUACCUGCCACUUGGAGUACCAGAAGACCUUGCAGAUCGGUUGAUGCGUUUACAUGGUGACCCAGCUGUUUGGUGGGUAUCGCAGUUUGUCAAGUAUUUGAUCAGGCCUCAGCCUUGGCUGGAAAAGGAAAUUGAGGAUUCCACGAAAAAACUGGGAUUUAAGCAUCCAAUUAUUGGAGUCCACGUUAGGAGGACUGAUAAAGUUGGGACAGAGGCAGCAUUCCACCCAAUUGAAGAAUACAUGGCACAUGUCGAGGAGCACUUUCAGCUUCUCGCUAGAAAGAUGCACAUAGACAAGAAACGAGUUUACCUGGCAACUGAUGACCCAGCAUUGCUUCAAGAGGCAAAGUCAAAAUAUUCACAGUACGAGUUUAUUAGCGACAAUUCCAUAUCGUGGUCUGCGGGUCUACAUAACCGUUACACUGAAAAUUCUUUACGAGGCGUCAUUCUCGAUAUCCAUUUCUUAUCCCAGGCUGACUUUCUUGUGUGUACAUUUUCUUCCCAGGUCUGUCGAGUUGCCUAUGAAAUCAUGCAAACACUUCAUCCAGAUGCUUCAGCCAACUUUCACUCCUUGGAUGAUAUUUAUUAUUUUGGAGGACAGAAUGCUCACAACCAAAUUGCGAUAUAUCCCCACCAUCCCAGAAAUGCUGAUGAUAUCCCUAUGGAACCUGGGGACAUUAUUGGAGUAGCUGGAAACCACUGGGAUGGCUAUUCAAAGGGUGUUAACCGCAAACUAGGAAGGACUGGUCUCUACCCCUCGUAUAAAGUUAAGGAAAAAAUUGAGACUGUGAAAUAUCCCACUUACCCAGAAGCCAAUAAAUAA